UCGAGCCCAGACCGCGUCGGUUACGUGCCGAGUAUUUUGUAAUUGUCGCACGUGAAUCAUCGCAUUAAACACGCAAAAGUCGAAGUAACAGUUGAAUACGCAAACAGCAUUUGUCGAACAAAAAGCGUGCCUAAAAUAGUGCUUACACCGUAUGAGUAAAAAAACAUGAUUUUUUUUCCAAAACUUAUGCUCCACCAUUCCAAGGCUAAUGUUCCACCAAAGAGUGCAACUGUCGCGACAGGUUUAGAAUAAGCCUUAUCUAUAAUUAUGCGUUCCUACCUGAUCAGCUUUUGUUAUCACAAGCUGUCAUAAUAUUUCUAUAGGUGAAUUUCAAUGUUAUCCAUUGUUAUUUUGUUAACAUCUCCAAUAAAAAGAAAAAAAAAAUCCAAGACAUUUAUAAUUAAGUAAAUUAACAAAGCUGUCUUUCUGUUACAAAUGAAUAUUAAGAUUCUCUUUAAUGCGUAAAAUGUACACACGAUUAUAUAUUUUUAUAAAUUUAUAAAAAAAUCUAAACGACCGAAAAGAGUUUUUCUGUAUUGUUUAUUUUUUAAUUAUUCUAUAUAUUUGUGAAAUAUCUUUUGAUUAUUAAGUUCUAAAAAAUUAUGGCGGUAUGUUUAUGUCAAUAAAAAAAAUUAACUAAAUCAACAGUGACAAAAGUGGGGAUCGUCGAUGACCAUGUCUUUUAUAACAGUGAAAACGUUAAUAAAAAAAAUUUUUCUCGAUAAGAUUUUUAAUCGAUACAAGUUUAUUGUAAUAAAUUAUUGUUAGUGUUUGUGAAUUGACGUAAUCUGAGAACGAUGUUAAAAUUAUUGAUAUAUUUUUUUAAUAUUGAAUGAAAUGUGGCAAUUAAUCAAUAAUAUUAAAAGACAUGUCAUGAUUCUUAUUAUAUGUCUUACCGGCAAAUAAAAAAUAUCAGCGAUUUUAAAAUUCGUAUUGGAAAAUUAAAUUUUUACUUUGGAUUAAAAGCACCAGCAGGACAAAUUAUUAAGUUCAGAUAAAUCCAGAUAUAUUCGAAACAGUUUAUAAUUAUUUUUAUUUAGUGAAAUUUUGAGAUCAAUUGGUUGAGUUGCUCCACUCAGUUAAAUUUAUUUGUGAUAUAGAAAAAAAUAAUGGAAGAAGAAAAUAAAUUAAUUAAAGAAAAUUGUCUCUUACAAGCUAUCGAUAAAUUAGGCAGAGGAUCAAAAUUUCUUUGGAUUAUUUUUAUCAUAAAUAUUUUAACGUCAAUACUAUGGGGAAUAAAUGGUUUAUCUUAUAUUUUUAUUGCUGAGGUACCCGAAUAUUGUUGCUCUACUCCAGAACUUGAAAAUGCCAAUUGGACUAUGGCACAAAUUAACAACGUGUCCAUGGUUGACGAAUGUCAGAAAUAUGAUCAUAAUUAUACGCAUCUUGUGAAUUUGGGAUACGAAAAUGCCACAAAAUAUGUCAAUGAGCUUGAGUUUAAGCCAAAGAUAGUUUACUGUACAUCAUUUACGUUCAAUAACAGUAAAAUGUCAACGAUUGUCGACGAAUGGCAAUUAGUGUGCGACAAAAAAUUACAUCGAGCAAGCACAUUUUUAGUAUAUGCAGUAGGAAUGACUUGUGGUUCAGGAAUUUUAGGUACAUAUGCAGAUAAAUAUGGCCGGAAAAACUCAUUGAUAAUUGGUAUAAUUUUGAACAUUAUUGCUGGACCUUCAAGUGCAUUGGUACCAUGGUUUUGGGCUUAUGUUAUUUUGAAAUUUCUCACAGGAAUGAGUAUGGGUGCUGUUUAUUCUUCGGCUUUCACUAUUCUAUCUGAAGUUUCAAAAGAUAACCUGCGGAAAAUAUUCGCUGCUGUUCUUGACUGUAUGUCUGCUGUUGGAACUUUUUGUCUUGUAGGAAUGGCUUAUUUUAUACCUAAUUGGCGAUAUUUACAAAUGGCCAUAUCAUGUUUUAUUCUUCCGAUCGCUAUGUUGAUUUGGUUUAUACCGGAAUCACCGCGAUGGUUAAUAGCACAAAAUCGUCAUGACGAAGCUCAAAAAAUAAUUGAAAAAUAUUAUAAAUCAUUUGUCAUGACAUCGGAUCAUAUUGUAGAGGGUCCAUCAAAUGAACCCAGAUUGUCAUUAUCAGAACAUCCCGAAAUAUUAAAAAAAGACCAUACAAAUUGUUUUCAUCGUAAUUCUGUAAGCUUACGAAUUCUAUUUAAAAAUUCAGAUCUGAGAAAAAAACUUUUGAUUAUGUAUGUUACAAAUUAUGUCACCGCGCUUGUCGGUUUUUCACUUAUUCUAAGUAUUGAUAACUUUAAAUCAGACCGCUACAUAUAUAUGUCAAUAGUAGGAGUUAAUGAAAUAUUGGCCCAUAUAACAGCUUCGGCGGUUCUCAUAUAUUUCAGUUGUCGAAAUGCAAAUAUUUUGGCUUAUACGGUUGCAUUUAUUUUGAUGAUAACAAUAUUAGCCGUCCAGAAAAGUAAAAAUAUAGUUAUAGGUCUAGCAUUAGCAGCUAAAUUUUGUUUUUCCGCGAGUUAUACCGCUAACUUGGUACUCAAUUCCGAAUUAUUCCCUAGUAUUGUUAGAAAUACAGCAUUUGGAACGAGUUUAGUAAUGGCACAAAUAGGAACUAUGACAGCGCCAUAUAUUGUUGAUUUGCUUGGUAAUGUUGCUUGGUGGGCUCCCACUACACUUUGUAGUGUUUUAGCACUCAUUGCUGGUUUUUUAUGUCUUCUUAUACCUCAAAUAAAACUAAUUAAAAAAAGUGAUACUAAUGUAAACAAGCAGAUAACGGUAGAUGGUUCAAAUUCCUAGUGAAAAGUAGUAGGUAUCAAAGCAGUUUAACGAAAAUUAUCUAUCGGGAUGGGGUAAAGAGACGAAGAUAAUUGUAUAUAUUUAUAUGUUGCUCUUCUUGAGCAAAUCUGGUGUAAGUAAUUUUAUCGGCAAUACACGUUUUCAUCCCCCGACAAAAUAUCCUACAGAUAAAAGAUCUCCCGACAUAAUAUUUUUCGAUAUAAUUUCCACAAUUUUCCUAAAAAUCGAGCCGUUAAAAUAUAUAGUUUUUCAUCGACCUUCAAUUUAUUUUACUAUUUAUCCAUUCCCACAAUUUUCAUGAAAAACAAGCAUCCAAAUUAGGUGUGAAUAGAACAAACAAAGAUUUAAAUUUUGGCGGUGGAAUCAUUAAUACGUAUUAUAGUAUUCUUUUGGAGUAAUUCUUCAUUAUUAACUCUUAUUAUAUUGUUAUUUCGAUGUUUAAUAUAUGUCGCAAUGUUAAAGAUUUGGCUAACAAUAUUCAAUGUAUUUAUAUAAUUCAAUAACUAUGAUAUUGUUUUUUUUUUAUAAUUAUAAGCUAUUUUGGAUUAGAGUGAUGUAAAAGUUAUGUAAAUUUUUUUUACACUCAAAUAAAUAUAUAAUUUCUUUCUUUAUAACAUUGGUGUUUUUAAAUUUUCAUGUUUAUUUUAGUGCUUAUGACGGUGGGGGUUUUUUU